UUCUGAGGCAAUUUACAUCAAUGGUAUUCAACAGACGGUAGUUGGAGUUUUCAAGAUGGUGGUACUUCCACUUUUAGGCCAGCUUGCUGAUGAAUAUGGGCGCAAACCAUUACUACUCCUCACCGUCUCCACAAGCAUAUUUCCUUUUGCUUUACUUGCCUGGAAUCGGUCCAGGGAAUUUGUUUACGCAUAUUAUGUUCUACGUACUAUUUCAUAUAUUAUAAGUCAAGGAAGCAUUUUCUGCAUUGCUGUUGCUUAUGUGGCAGAUUUUAUCAGUGAAAGCAAGAGGGCUGCAGCAUUUAGUUGGAUUACAGGUCUCUUUUCUGCUUCGCAUGUCUUAGGAAACCUGCUAGCACUUUUUCUUCCAGAGAAGUACAUUUUUGGGGUUUCAAUUGCUCUCUUGAUUUCUUGUCCACUUUAUAUGCAAUUCUUUCUCGUGGAGACGGCUGAGCCACCUCCUAAGACAGAACAGGAUUCAAGCUGCCUGAGUAAGACAAUUCAGGUUCUCCAAAAAAGAUAUAAAUCAAUGAGAGAUGCUGCAAGAAUAGUUGUUAGCAGCCCAACACUGAGAGGCAUUUCCUUUGUUUCCUUCUUCUAUGAGUUGGGAAUGUCUGGCAUCACCACUGUCUUAUUUUUUUAUCUAAAAGCCACCUUUGGGUUCAACAAAAAUCAGUUUUCAGAAAUACUGUUGAUGGUGGGAAUAGGUUCAAUUGUUUCUCAGAUUUUGGUGCUUCCUAUAAUCAAUCCAUUUGUUGGAGAGAAAGUGAUACUAUGUAUUGGCUUACUUGCAUCAAUAGCUUAUGCAAUGUUCUAUGGCUUAGCGUGGGCAUCUUGGGUUCCAUAUUUAAGUGCCUCAUUUGGAGUCAUUUAUGUACUUGUGAAACCUUCGACUUUUGCUAUAAUUUCAAAAGCAUCAAGCUCAACUGAUCAGGGAAAAGCACAGGGAUUCAUUGCUGGUGUUCAAUCCAUAGCAAGCUUAAUAUCACCAAUUGCAAUGACUCCAUUGACCUCUUGGUUCCUUUCUAACGAUGCCCCUUUCAACUGCAAGGGUUUUAGCAUUGUAGUUGCAUCUAUAUGCAUGGUGAUAUCUUUGUGCCAUGCCUGCUCACUCAAGGUUGAGGAAAACUUGAGCAGUGAAGAGAUCGUGGAAGAUAUGGAAUCACCUCUUCUAUCAAAUAGAUAGCUAUAUUUAUAUCAUUAAAAUUAGCUAAAGGGAGAUUAAUAUUAAACCACAUGAAAAUUAGUUUAAGAUAUCUUAACUUUAAAGAAAAACAAAAAAAACAAGUUUGUUAUAUUUGUUCCCAACACUCAAUGGGGUUGUAAUUUAACUAGAGGUUGUAAAUAUUUAAUUAUGGUUUCUUUUGUAUGAAGCAAUGCAGUGUAUAGUUUAUUAUGUUUUUUUUUUAUAUGUUGAUUGCACAAUAAAAAACAAUAUUCUUA